AUGGUUCAUAAUUCUAAUGUAACAAUAUUUAAUGCUACAAGUCCCAUAAAUUUAAUUUCAACUACAACAACUAGUUUAUUGGAUCAUUUAACAACAAGUAAUUUUAAUAAUGUGAGUCAAGUUAUGAGAACUGAAUGUUUUGUAAAUAUAUCAAAAGAUGAAAGAUUUGACCUUAUUAAACAAAGACAUACAGCAAAAUUAGAGGAUAUUUUUAGAAGAUAUUAUGGAUGGAUGCCAUUACCAUUUACAAUUAUAGCAACAUCUUUAACAAUACUUUUUUUAAUUUCAACAUAUAGAGCAAUUAAACAACAAAGAGUUUCAAGAAAAUGUUAUGCUUUACUUUUUAAUAGAUCAGUUGGUGAUUUAAUUUGUUGUAUAUCAAAUUUUGCCGUAAUUGGUUAUUGUUUAUUAGCUCCAAAAGUUAAUCGUGAUGUUGUACCAGCAAUAGAUACAUUUUUUGUAGGAUCAUUUUGGGCAGGAAUGGUAUCAUAUGUUUCAUUAUCACUUCUUAAACUUUAUGCUGUUUCUAAACCAUUUAGUUAUAGAAAUAAAGUUACAAUGAGAAAAGUUAUAUACCUUAUAAUGUUAACAAUGGUUAAAAUACCAUAUUUAAAUGCAUUAACAAAAUGUAGAAUGGAAACAUGCCUUCGUGCAAUGUAUCGAAGUAGAAAUUUUUUAACAAUUAUUGUUUAUUUUUUUACAUUAUUUAUAUUUUUUGGUACAUUAAUAUAUGUGAGAAAAGCCAGAAAAUUUGUUACUUCCUUUAACAAAAAAAAUAGUAAUAAUAAACAGGUUAUGAAUACAAGGUUUCCAUUUUGGAAAUUAUCAUUAAAUGUCGCGACAUUUGCUGCAAUGAAUGGAUUUUAUGUAAUAUGGGCUAUCUUACUUCAAUUAAAUACAGACCAAUGUUAUUUUCAAAAACAUUUUAAUCAAAUGAUUACGUAUCUUGGUUUUGUAAGAUUAACACUUAUAAUGAGAGUAUGUGUUGAUCCGAUAUUAACCUUCAUUACUGACUUCCAAAUGAGAAGAUCAUUGUAUAAUGUUUUAGGAAUUAAUGGAAAAAUUAAUCCACUUAGUUCUCAAAAAAAUAUGAUAAAGAAAGAUGGUGAAGAAAUUGAGGAUGAUAUAAAUUCAUCUGAAUAUUUAGAAAAGGGUAAACGUUCUGCUAAUUUAACUGGUACAACGGUUCUAACAAAUGAAUCAUCAAUAAAAGCAAAAAUUGAUAAUGAACUUGUCACUACUACUGCUACAAUUCAUGAACCACCACAAGAUGAUGUAAUUGAAGUUGUUAAAGAAGAAGAUUUACCUGAAGCCAUAAAAAAUAACAAAAGUGUAUAG